AAAAUGCUCGCAGAAGACGGCGUUUUGCAACGCCAGCUGUACAACACCUGCCGUCAAUCCAUAGCGACCUGCCGUUAAUCCAUAGCCCCCGUUCCGGAAGCAGCAUUGUACGAGAGACAGAAAGCGCGAGAGCGAGCAAGCAGGAGCAACCACACCACCAAGACACCCAGCGCCAUGUCCGAGGAAGCCAAGACGAACGAGGUCGCCGUAUCCAUGCUUAAGUCAGAAAUCCACGUCGACACACAGCAGGAGGUGUCGAAGUUCGACCAGAGCAAGAACCCCAUCCCGAAGGUUGUCCCUCCCCGUGGGUCCAAGGAUGCUCGCUCGUUCCGGCCGUCUACCCUGGCGGAGAUCAACAUGAUGAACCGCUACGAGCCGCUGGAGCUCAAGUGCGGCGGCAAGACGUUCGGCAUCGGCUGCGGGAACUCGCUGGAGGAUGUGCUGCUCAUCAUGGGGUGCAUCCUCGCGCUCUGGUCGUUCGUGCUCGGAGUGUCCGGGCUGCUGCUCAAGUCGGCGAUCGACACAGACCUGCACCACACCGCACUCUGGGUGUACUUCUGGCUGUUCAUCCUCGGCUGCUUUUUGCUGGGCGGCAUGAUCGCCACGGGGCAGGUGGAGCGCUUCCGCAGCGAGCGGGUGGCGGCCGAGAAGCAGCACGACGAUGACGCGGCGGCGGCGAUGUCCGCCUAAACCAAGUAAAUAACAUUUAGGAUAGUACGUGUGGAAAAACACACACACAAAAGGGCGGGGGGGGGAGGGGGGGGCAAGGGGACGAGGGGAGCAACCACACGGACGGUGCUGAAUGUAAAUUUUCGCAUCUCCUGGCGGGGGGGACGCAAGAUUCGAACGGCUCUUGUUGGAUCCCCGCUUCGAGCUUCAAAGUUGUUUUUAGUUUUGUCGGUCUUGUAUAUGCGGUAAAAACGCGUGCUCCUGCGUCCCUUUGGCUGCCCCCCGUCCCCCUUUUUGCCGCGCAUACGUACGGGUACAAGUUUCGCGUGCGGUGGUCGAGUUCUCUCGACUCUGGUUCGUAUCGUUGGGGGCAUAUUUGAUUAUUUUGAGCGUGAGAAAGGAGAAUAAUCAGAACAAGCUUCGGAGUUGGCACGAGGUUGGGUGUAGCUGGUUGGGUGUCAUGCGCGGGAAGGU